AUGAAGAGCAGCGGAGGAUCUGAAGCCUCGCAUCGGAUCACAUCAAAGCCUGUGAGUGUGUGCGUUGGGUCAGUGGUCACUGUGAAGCUGCUCUCGGAGGUGAAGCUCUGCAGCUCGGUUGUUCUUCUGCUGCUGCUGCUGCUGCUGCCGCCUCCUCCAGGAAACAACAAGCGAUCACAUGACCAGAGCGGCGCUGCCUCCCCCCCUCAGCUCAGCAUCUCCCCCGAGGUCAUGGGGGAGGAGAGAAAACAGGCAGCGGUGCACAGCUCAGGAAGCAUCUUCAGCAUCCUGCAGCAGGAACAGCGAAGCUCCAGGAGCCCCGUGAAGCUGAACCGGACCUGGUUGGCGCUGGAGCAGAACCAGAAGGAGGAGGAAGCUGAGCUCACAGACACCGAUGGAGACUCAGCGCCGGGCCUUCCCAGUUUCCUCCCUGACAGUCCAAGUCCAGGAACGAGCCCAAGAAUAAGACCAAGAACGAGACAAAGAACAAGUCAAAAAAAGAAGUCCAAGGUCAAGAAGAAGACCAAGACCAGAACCAAGAACUUGAUUAACAACAAGAACCAGAUCAAGUCCAACAACAAGACCAAGAAAAAGUCCAAGAGAAAGUCCAAGAACAAGUCCAAGUCCAGGAACAAGUCCAAGAAUAACACCAAGAAAAAGUCCAAGAACAAGACCAAGAACAAGGCCGAGAAGAAGACCAAAGCUAAGAGCAAGUCCAAGACCAAGAACUUGAUUAACAACAUGACCAAGACAAAGUCCAAGAACAAGACCAAGACCAGGAGCAACAUUCACUGA